AUGGCUUUGCCCUCUUAUAUGUUGCUUCUAGUGCCAUGCAUAAACUUGGACAUCAUCCAUGACCAUUAUGAGAUUCUUCUUACCUAUCUCAAACAAAUCAAAAAAGGUAUAUACUAUGCAAGCCAACUGCCAACUCUGUAUGUUGCAUGA